GACUAUAUCGCUCAUUUUCAACUCCACUGCCGGAGCGUGAAGAAGGAGGGCUGUUUCGCGAACAGGAUUUCCAGAAUGGAAUGUAAAUUUGUCUCCUGCUUCAUUUCUGUCCUCAUAAUCUACAUAACAGGCGUGUCCACUGUGGCCCUGGUUCCCUCUGCAAAUCCCGUGGCUGCCGGUGGAAACAUCACUUUGAGUGUGAAUCCCGCGAUAUCCAUCAGCGCUGGAACCUGGCUGUUUCAAAGCUCCAUCCUGGCCUUCUGGUACCCUGGCAAUUUCAUCCUGGGAGAUGUGUACGCAGGCCGAGUCUCCUUCGACUCCUUAACGCUGCAGCUCUCCUUACACUCAGUACAAACCAACGACUCAGGCCUCUAUGUGCUGCAAGGCGUGACUCCCAAAGUACGAGCGGAGAUCACGCUGUCCGUCCAGGAGCCGAUCACUAACGUGUCUCUGACAGCGAGUAAGACAGAUCUGGUGGAGUUUAAUGACAGCGUCUUGUUCACCUGCUCGGCCUACGGCACACCACUGGCAUUCUCCUGGUAUAAAGGCAGCUCUGUGGUCACCGCAGGGGUCAACGUUCAGCUCAGUAAUGACGGAAGUGUGCUCACUAUUAGCAACGUGACAAGAUAUGACAUGGGUCCUUUCACCUGCGUUGUGGCAAACAACAUCAGUAAUGGGACGAGCAGGUCAAUUUACCUCAACAUCAGCUAUGGUCCCAGCAACCUCACAAUGACAGUCUUGCCAGAGAAGAUGGGAUAUAUUUCAGGAUCAAACAUCACUCUGUCCUGCUCUGCUGACUCCAGUCCUCCAGCGUUGUUCUACUGGUCCUACAACGACAUUUCUCUUAAUAAAACUGGACAAACUUUACAGCUUUUAAACGCCUCUCAGAACAAGACAGGAACCUACGCCUGCACUGCCCACAACACGGUCACUCUGAGAUACGCUACUGCCACCAAACCCACCCGCAUCAUUGACGCAGUGUCAGCUGCUGAAGCGAAGGCUGUUAAUGACGUGCCCAUAUUCAACAUGUCCUUCAUGCUGACCUGUGAGGUCAUGGGGCCUGUGGACUCCGUUUACUGGAUGAAGGACAGCUUGUACCUCUAUUCUGACAGCAAAAUCUCUCUCUCCAACCAAAACAAGACACUCUCAUUCAGCCAGCUGGGUCUCGCUGACGAUGGAAAGUACCAGUGUGUAGCCAGCAACAUUGUGAGCAACAAGACCAGCAUGGCCUACACGCUAGCGGUCAACUAUGGCCCAUGGAACGUUUCCAUAUCGGGUCCAGCCAUAGCACAGAAAGAUUCUAGCAUAACGCUAAACUGCUCGGCCUCCUCGCACCCUCCCAGUGGCUACAGCUGGUACUUCAACGGCUCCCGGGUGGCGGAGGGCGCCGUAUACGAGACUGGACCUCUCUCGUUAAACAGCAGCGGAGAAUACACCUGCAUCGCACACAAUAACAUCACAGGCAACAACGGCAGCGCUGUGUGGAACUUGACUGUCAUUGUGGGCAUCUCCUCAGUGGCGGUGACCCCCAGCAUGCCCAUCCCUCUGGCCUCCAAAGGUCUCCAGCUCUUCUGUAACAUAACUGGCGAUUACAACAGCAUCUCAUGGCUAAAAGACAACGGGACAUUCAGUCCAACACCCACGGUCACCAUUUCAGCGGACAACGCCACUGUAGACUUCCUACCUCUGCAGAUCUCUGAUGAUGGAGCGUAUCAAUGUACCGCCACAAAUAUUGUUGGAAAACACGUUAGCAAACCAUACAUGCUGACUGCUAACUAUGGGCCUGUGGACCUGAGGAUCACAGCUACGAAGGACAUCAUACUAACCUGUGAAGCCAAGUCUCAACCUCCAAGUGUCUAUCACUGGAUCUUCAACAACGAUAAUGGCGUCGGAGAGGGUCCCACAAUAGCUGUCCCCCUUAUGACUCCAGUGGGCAGCAGCUACACAUGUGUGGCCAGAAACCCCCUGACCAACGUCACACUUUCGGGUAGCUAUACUAUCUCAGAUUAUAGCGCAGCGUCUCCUCUUCAGCCCAGUGCGCUGAUGGCUGCUUUCCAUCUACUCGCUCUCACUCUGUUGGCUCUGCAGCUGUGAAACUGAUGGGACUGUUCUGCGCCUGACCGCCACUGUGAGCCCUUUGGACUGACCUAUGAACUGUUCGAGCGUGAUGGACAUGCUGGGUGUUUAAAAUGAUACUUUCAUGCUUUAUUCUUUGAACUUUGAUUUAUGUGCUACUGCUGGUCAAAUGUUUGGGGACACCUAGUUCUUCAUACCUGACAUUUCUCUUGUUUUUUUUUUUUUAUCGUCGUCAUUGAGCUCCAAUUACAACGUCUGUGCCAACACAGCCUUUUUGACAAGACCACUGUCCCCGAACUGUCUUUAGUGGUUAGAAUUAAACAGGCUGUUUUUUGUUUCGGUGCCUUGAAGAUUGAUGUAUGUAAAUGAGCUAUAAAAAAAAAAACAAAAAAAAAAACAGUCCAGUAUGAAACACUCCUUAUAGCUUCAGUGUGAGUGGGUGGAGCUAAACUGCUUUAGGCAUAUAGAUAUAUGUUAAUGUGUUGGUGUUUGUGACAUCAAGAUAAGUUUUCACACAAUGUUUUUUGUCAAUUUGCAAUAACGUGACAUAUUAAAGCCUCAUCGAGAUGAUUUGGAGAAAAACAGCCAGAUCAUUUUA